GGCCCGCUGAAAUGGGCGAACAUAAUCUUCUUAAUCCUGGGUUUGUGGGACCUUUGGUAAACAUCCACACGGGAGACACAUUUUAUCUCCCAAAUUUUAGAGCAUCUGGGGGGCAACUGGCGGGUCUUUCCUCUCUCUCCUACCCAAGACGGGAUAAUGUCUGCUCCCUCCCGUGGAAUCCAUCGGAAUCAUGCAAUGGAUAUCCUCAGUCCUACUUUAGCAGCCCCGUGUCCAUUAACCCUUCUUUCAACCGAGCAUGUGAAAUAACCCGUCAGGAAGAAGGCAAAUGUUACUACAGCAAUGGUGGCGGCGGCAGGGAGACUUGCACGGGGAGUGGGAGCCUCAAACGGGAGGACAGAGCAAGAGACACUUCCUCUAUGUCGGCAGAGCAGGGACUGCUCAACGGGAUGGGCAGCGGUGGUACAUUUUCUAAAUAUGACUAUGGGGCUGAGCAGCUGACCCAAGACCCGCCGUCUUGUCAGUCCCUUGAAUCCGAUUCCAGUUCGUCGUUGCUCAACGAAGGAAGCAAGACAACUGCUAGCAUCCAACAGACACUGGCAUCUCCUGGCAAUCAUGCAGGCAGCGUGGCUGCAGGCGGAGGUGCACCAUGGUACCCGAUGCACAGUCGGACCCGCAAGAAACGCAAACCCUAUUCCAAACUACAGCUGGCCGAGCUGGAGGGCGAAUUCAUGCUCAACGAGUUCAUCACGCGACAGCGGCGGAGGGAGCUGUCCGACCGCCUUAAUCUCAGUGACCAACAGGUUAAGAUCUGGUUCCAGAACCGGCGGAUGAAGAAGAAAAGACUGAUGUUGAGAGAACAAGCCCUGUCCUUCUUUUAGGCAGAAUUUCUACAUAGUGAAUAAGUUUGCAGCAUCCCCGUGUAUCAAUUAAUAAAGUUUACACCAGGCUUCGUUUUAGCCAGUGUCCAACGCAUGUAUCGUCUCAGAAGACGCACCUUCUUUAGAAAACCAGCAUGUUUCAUUUAGGAUUCAUUCUUCUUCAGAGUAGUGUACUUUCAAGAAAGAAAACGACCAAAUAAUAGAGAUCGAUGUGAAUUCUUGUAGAAACGAAGGCUUUUGUUGGUUCAGCUAAAGGUUUUGAAGUACAACGCCCUUGAACUUAUCUUACAAACCUGAGAUUUAAUACAACCAAUAAAAUCUGUUUUCACGCUAGUUGGCGCAGAAACACUCUUAAAACGUUCAAAUUAAUUUACAGUCCCUUCGAAAUUAUUUCUUUUCAUACCGCUGUGAGAGGAAAUGCACAUCUAGAUAAUGAUUUUGGAUGUGUGCCUCUGGCCCCAAAAGCGCAAAACAACCGUAAAGGAUUGUUUGUUUGGUUUUUUUUUUUGUUUUUUUUUUUUAAAUCUAUUUUAAUAACGUCAGGCAUGAUUUUUUGGAGUAGAACCCGCCGACAGCCUCAUUUUACCAGGUCCACAACGGGCAAUGUGAAGAUUGGUACAUCUCUUGUGAUAUUGGGUUGGGAGACCACAAUAGCAUUGAAACCUUGGCUAUAGCCUAUUAUAAGCUAAUUUAAGGCAAUAUUUUUCUUUGGAGCAUGUUAUUUUUUAUUUAACAAUUGUUCCUGGUUUAUUAUUGUUUUAAAAUUAAAAUGUUUUCUUCAAAUUCUUCGUAGUAUCUAGCCAAAUCACUUUAAGACCUAACAAUCGAGACCACUCAAUUUCGAGAUUUAGUAGUUUUAAUUAGUCAGAACUUAUUUUUGUUGUUUCUAACCCAUAACGCUACAGCAAAUCAUAAACUAAGCUACACUUAAUUCCUGACCCGCCUACUGCCCUGUAUCUGAUCAGUGCCUUCGGUUGAGCAGAAGGCGUUGCACUGAAAACCUGGGAAACAUUAAAACACACAGGACAGCACAGAAAAAUUGGAAAGUUAGUUUUCUUAUUGAGAAAUACCCCUUAUAUAGCCUAUUUUGUGUUCUGCAGUAUCUAUAAAUUUGCUAAAUUGGAAAGGUUCUUAAAUUCCUCAAUAAUUGCAGUUUAAUCACCAGUUUUAUCUCUGACUUAAUUCGGAUUUAACAGCUGAUAUGAGAAUAACGAUUAUUUGCAGUUGUUUUUUAUUUGCCUCAAACAGUGGGGCGAUGGGACACAAUUAAGCUCUUAUUUCCGCUGUUGAAUUAACAUCACGUGCUUCAGGGGACGUUCACGGUCAUGGGCAUGAACUCUGCGACUCUCAAGUAAUUAAGAAGAGUCUGACCUUUUUAUCGUCUCACCGUUUUCAAAUUUAUUCUCGUUGUGAAGAUUUACAAAAAAUAUAAGUGCUAUAAUUUCUUAAUCCUCUACAUUUUCUUCAUUUGUUUGUUUUUUGGAGGACAGUUGAAUUUGAGUUGAGGGGUGUGUGAGGAGGUGGGGUGCGGUAGUAGUUUGUAUGGCGGUGCUGCUGCUAUUUGUGUUCGGAAGCGUCACAUAACGCACUUUGUAAAAAAUUAACCCUUUGAAGAGUAGGUUUUUUGGAAUGUUUUGUUCACCAUUCUAAGUGAAUGUUCUAGA